CGUACUUUGAGUUCUCGCCCCGCUGUUACGAAUGCAUUCAAUGUGGAAGUCACUCAGCCCGACGUUGAGAGCCUUCCAUCUUCUGCUCAGUACUCGACAGAGGCGGAAUCAAGCGGCGUCGUGGUGAAUAUUCCGCAACCCGCAAGGUAUCCUGAUGAAGAAUUGAUGAAUGCACUGUUGGAGUCACCGGAGGACUCCUGGGGACCAUCUACCUCAUACAGCGACUGGGGCGAUUUGUCUUUCUCGGUAAGCUUCUGUCUUGAUUUAGUUCUCAAUGAGUUGACUUCAAGCAGUCGUCGUCCUCGAUGCAAGCAUCCGUGUCUUCAUCCGCUCCUUCGGUGAAUACGCCUUCGACACCUACGGGGCCAGCGAUCCCUAUUUGCUGGGACUUUAUGAACGGGCGCUGUCACAGAGUGCACUGCCGCUUCCUACACGAUGACCCGCUAAAUAUGAAGUCACGGCAACAUGAGAACAGCUCUUUGCCUUCUGGAGAUGUUGCCGGAAGGCUUGGAAUUUCACCAGCAAGAAAUGUCCCCCCACCGCGAUCGCUCAUCCCUACGUCUUCGCAACCAAAGCCUAGUAAUGCAGUGUCUCCCAUCGUAAUCCCUCCUUCGCGAGCAGAGUACCCACCGUUGCAUACCAAGAUGAACGACGCACACUCCGAUAUUCCCCUGGUACCUCCCGGGUUGGGUCUGGAAGCUCGGAUUCUAGGUUCAGAUGCACCGACAUCGCCUAAGGAGCCACCCAAACCCGCCAUCUUGACUGUACUUGACGCUACAAGGGUGACAUUCGGUCCAGGAUUUGAAGUGCAGCGACUCGUUACUGGCUUUGAAUCCCGCCAGGUUAUGUUCAGGCGUAUCCCUCAAGGCGUCACGUCCGCGGAGGUAACAUCCGUCCUCCAGCCUUUCGGGGAAACCGUUGCUGUAACAUUGUACGACAACGUCAAGCGAGAUGGGACUAUCGCUGCUAAAGCGACGUUCGCAGAGCACGAACAGGCAUCGCAGGCAGCCUCCGCUCUCGAUGGCAGCCUGCUGUUUGGCAGCAAUAUCUCCGCGCGUCUCUUGACAUUUUCGGACACAAUGGUCGGCAAAGGAUCUCUGGCCGAUGGCACAGUAUAUCUGGAGUUUCCAUCCGCUCAUAAAACUGGAUUCGUCGGAUAUGCCAGCAGGAAACUUGCCGAAGAAGCAAUUGCCAAGGCAAACGGGACUGAGAUGCGCGAGGCAUUGGUAUCUGCCGCAAUUUACGAGGGACUUCCCAGCGUGGGAACAGUCACUGUCCGGUUCCUAGGACUACCUGCAAAUACCCGGGCAGAGGAACUAGCGCGAUAUGGCAACAACGAGGGGGUCAUGAUGACACAGCCGAACUACAACUCCACCUCCACAGCCAUCGGCCGUCUGCGAGAGAUACUGACAGGCUACGGCGAGCUACUCUCGUUCAAUGCCCUUCCACCGCCAUAUCGUCGUUCGACCGUUCGCGUAUGGGCCCAUUUCGAUUCCUCGGAGAUUGCGGAGAUUGUUCGCGUUAAUUUCCACUGGCGAAGGAAGCAAUUCUGUGGCAGUGGUAGGAUCGUCGCUCGGCAUAUUCGAUCUCUCAAAUACUCGCUUCCAGUCGAGGUCUACAAAGCACUGUCCGCCGAUAUCCGUCUUCUCAGCUCGUAUAUCUGGACUACCGAGGCCAGUAGCAGCAUUUCAGUCCUCGAUAAACGUGCAGCAGUUGGUGGGCGUGUGAUGAUCAAACUCGUCUCGCAGAACAUGCCGUCUCUCGCUAGGCUCAAGACGCACUUCGAGCGGCUGCUGCGCGGAGAGAAGCUCGUAGAGAACGGUGAAGUCGUAUGGGACGGCUUCUUCUCCAGACGAGGGGGAAUAUUCUUCCUUGAAGAGCUCGAAAGGCGCUUCCCCGAUGUUCUCGUCAACAGAGACCCUCGAAGGCGGACGCUUGCGCUAUUUGGCCCAGUACACAAGCGUCAGAUCGUUCGGUCGAUUAUCCUAACUCGCGUCGCGAGGAUGCGCGCCCAGAAGACUCAUGUUAUUGCCCUGGAUGGCCGUCUCAUUGGUCUUUUUAUGAAUGCAGACUUGGCUGCAUUGCGACAGCAGUUCGGUCCAGAGAACGUCAUAAUUGAUCUCUGGGAACGCGUGCUGAGAAUACGUGGAGACGACGAAGCAUACAGAGUGGCUCGAACUGCCGUAGAACGCGCUCGGACACGUCAUGAACAUGAGAGGAGGCAGCGUGAAUCAGAUUGUCCAGUCUGUUUGGACGAAGCGACUCUUCCCGUCGCACUUGAUUGCGGCCAUCAAUGGUGCAAGUCUUGUCUGCAUAACUACUUGCUGGCUGCGACCGACAACAAAGUCUUUCCGCUAACCUGUCUAGGGAACGAGGCCUCUUGCAAACAUCCGAUACCGAUAAGUACGGCACAGGAAUUGCUUUCCACGAACGAGUUUGACGCGCUGGUACACGCUUCAUUUUUGGCUUAUGUCCAUUCACGCCCGUCCGAAUUCCAUUACUGUCCUACCCCAGAUUGUCCGCAAGUCUAUCGAAAGGGGCGCAAAAACACCGUUCUGCAAUGUCCGUCAUGUCUUGUGCGAAUAUGUCCCUUCUGCCACGUCCAAUAUCAUGAAGGCUCCUCAUGUCAGGAUCGUGAAGCUGAAGAUCGAAAGCUCUUCGAGGAAUGGAAGAAAGGUCGCGAUGUCAAGGACUGCCCGAGUUGCAAGGCACCCAUCGAACGAGCUGCGGGAUGCAACCAUAUGACGUGCACUCGUUGCAAUACUCAUAUCUGUUGGGCGUGUCUCGCGACAUUCUCGACAGGAGAAGAGGUAUACGACCAUAUGCAUAAUCUCCAUGGCGGCAUAGGAGCCUGAUCGGUAGUGUCAGUAAGUAUCUUGGUGGUCUCAUUCUUGCGGUAUCACAUACGAACGACGGGGACUCGAUACAUCUCUGAGUUACCAUUGCUGUUUUUGUUUCCAGAUAUUACUAUAUAUUAGUGUAUGU